AUGACCUCCUUUGUCGAACUUCCUGAAGAUAUUCACCUCUACAUAUGCAAAAGUUUGUACCCACGGCACAUCAACCACCUGGUUCGAACAUGCAAAGUCUUGCACCAUCGUCUGAACUCAGAACUCUGGAAGGCUAUAUCUGUUUCAGAUGCAGUCAAAAAAGAAAUAUUCCUUGAGUCAGCACUCCUUGGCCGCUUAGCUGUUCUACAAAACCUUGCCAACGAAUCCAACUUUGAGUCUGAGUUUUCGAACCUCACAGGGCACGAGGCACUGAGACUUGCUGCGAAAAGUGGCCACAGUUCUAUCGUAGCCUAUCUAUUGGCCAAGGGUCUUGAAUAUUGCAACGAGGCGAAUUUUAGAAAUCUGCGGAAAACCAUAUUACCUGGUCUAGAUGAUCCAUCCGCUUUGCAGCUUGCGGCGGAACUCGGCGACGUUGAUACAGUGAGACACCUUCUUGGGCAUGGUGCCACUCUCGAGGAUAAAGUUGAAGCUCUGAAACAAGCAGUGCACAGCGGGAAUGAGGUGAUCGUGAGUGACCUUCUUAAGAAAGAAAACCCUGCGUCCUCAGAGCUAUUCUCCCUAGCCUCGGAUAUGCCUCUCUUACAGCUUGCGAUAAAUGCCAGGUCUGAGGCUCUGGUGUCUAUGUUGUUGGAUCAUGGAUUUGACGUCAACAUGCAUGACUCGAUGAGACACAUGACACCUUUAAGGCAGGCUGUCGAGGAAGAUUGGCCUUGGGCCGUGAAGACGCUUUUGGCUCAAGGAGCCGAUGUGAACGUUGCGGACGCACAAAGAAACACAGCGCUACAUAUAGCUGUGAAGUACUGCAGAACCCACGAUUGUCUGGGUAUGAUUCGACUCUUGCUUCAAGCUGGAGGAGAUCUUAAACGCAGAAACAACGCGGGGAGAACACCAGUUGACUUGGCAAUGAUGAGGCAGAACCUCGAUGUUGUCAAUUUCUUGAUGAAAUGCGGGUUUGCUGAUUUCAACGAUAGCGAGUGCUUAGGUCACUUGAUAUGUGCAGCAGCUGCUAAGGGUGAUAAAGUAUUAGUGGCAAAAGCGAUACGGCAUGGAGCAGACGUUAACAAGCCUGGGCCGUUUGGGACACAUGAUAAGUGGCCACCGCUCCGCCAUGCUGCCUAUGGGGGCCACUUGGAUGCGAUGGACCUUCUUCUUUCGAACGGGGCUAUCUUAGAAUCGCCAGAAGGUGGCCACCUACCGACGCCCCUUCAUCUUGCAUUAGGCCAAGGUAAUUCAGCGGCUGCCCAGUGGCUUUUGGACAGAGGAGCAGAUAUCCGCAGCAUUUCAAAUCGGCUACACCCAUGGUCAGCUACUGACACCACCUUCAGACCUUAUUGGACCUGUCUGCAUUUCGCUGCCAUCGGCGGGUCGGAGGCCUUUCGUCUAGUACUCGAUGCGGGAUACAUUCCGGUAUUGGAUAAUCCAAAAACUGUCUCCCUCUGGGAGUCUGCAAUCAAGGGAUGUGAUGGGUCGAAUACAGAAUUCUUGCAACUCGUGCUCAACAAAAUUCGUGGUGAUGAUGGCGGGUAUCGCGACGCGGUUAACCCGGUGACGUACAUGUUUGAACUUGGACGCAAGCCUAACGAGGCUAUGAUUAUGGCUAUGCUCGGCGAUAGCAACUUCGACCUCAAUGCAGUCAACGACACCGGGAAAACAUUACUUCACAAUGCAAUCAUCUGCGACGACGAAGGUGUUAGCCAGCUUUUACUAGAUUUAGGUGUCGACGUCAACGCAGCAGACAACGAUGGCCGGACGGCUCUAUACUACGCUGCCGAAAACCAAGACCCCAAGCUAGUACGCAUGCUCCUCGAAGCCGGCGCGACUCCCCACGCAGACAAGCUUGAAAAUAGUCCACUGGCUGCCUGUCUCUUUGGAGAAUGUUCAUUUAUCAGUCAGUGUUGGACUCCUACGGAUGAGCUUCUGGCUGCAAUGCGCGAUGUAAUUAAGCAGCUCUCCGAACAUGGCGUGAGCCCUAACCAGUUGUUCAAGCAGCGGCCUAUUUUCAAUGAGCUCCUAUCUGACCAGACCUUUGCAACUUCAGUACAUGGUGUACAGUCAUUGCUCGAGCUAGGGGCAGACCCUAAUGUACUCGAUGACUCUGGUAUGACAUCGUUGCAUUAUGCAGCUUCAUCUGGCGAUAUUCGAACAGUGUCCCGUUUGCUUGUAGGGGGUGCUGACGUGGAAGCAAAGAACAGGAGGGGAGUAACGGCGGUACAACUUGCUGAGCAACACGGUUGGAACUUAGUGGUAGAUUUGCUUCUACGAAAGGCAGCUGGAUUGAAGAUUUCGCCGGGUGAGGUUGAUGCGUUGUAUAACCGUAUCACUUCUCGUGCCGAGGGGUGGCCGUAA